GAAAAGUUCAUCUUUGUUUAUUUAAAUAGUAUUGCUUUAGUUAUUGUUCCUGAACACAAUCUAAUUUCGUGAUUCACAUUACCCUAAUAGAAGGAAGAAUAAUAUAACAAAGAUAUGUCUGAAUCCAGUGAAACCACCUCACCAUCAGCUACAGAUUGCAAUAGGUUGGGUAUCCAAGUAGAAGAAGCUGAGCAUGCACAAUUUCGAGACCUUUUUUCUUUGGGGCCAAAGGACAGAGCCUAUAUACGCAAGGCAGUGACCUCAGGGAAUUGGAUUGAGGCUUCAUCUUAUGAUCCAACUUAUUGGGUACAUACUCCCUUGACCAUGAAUGGAGACAUACCUCUUCACAUUGCUGUGAGCAUGCAACACAGCAGUUUUGUUGAAAAGUUGGUGCAACUUAUGAGCAUGCAAGACAUGGAAAUUGUCAAUGCAGAUGGGAACACUGCCUUUUCUAUGGCUGUCAUUUCAGGAAACAUGGAAAUCACUGCAAUUCUACUUAACAAGAACCCGGGAUUGGUUCGAAUUCGAGGCCAAAAGGAUCACAUGUUGCCAAUUCAAUUGGCAUGUAAAGCAAGUCACCCUCAUAUCGUCGAAUUUUUAUGUGAAAGAAUUUCAAUGGAUACUCUACCCUCUCAUCAAGACAUUGUUUUGCUGUUUUUCUUGGCACUGAACUGCAACAUUUACACUGUGGCAUUGAAAUUGUUAGAGACAUACAGGGAACUUACUACUACUACAAACGAGAAGGGACUAACUGCAUUAGAAGUGUUGGCUCAAACAUCUAUUGAUCAGAAGGAUAUCCCUGCUGGUUACCAAGAAAUUCUGAAUUUGCUGUUUAAGUUUAUGGAAGAAGACUUUUCAAACUCUGAAGGAACUUCAAAAGCAAUGUUUGAUGCAGCAAAAUCAGGAAACAUAUUAAUUUUAAAGCUUAUUUUGGAGUACAAUCCAAAUUUGUUGACAAAAAUUAACGGCGAUGGACAAAGCUUGCUUCACGUUGCAAUUUUAUAUCGACAAGCAGCUAUAUAUCGAAUAAUAAGAAGCAAUGGUGCAUACAAAUUUGCUAAUAUGCUACAAGUUGACAAAAAAGGAAACAAUGUUCUUCACAUGGCUGCCAAAUUGGUACCUCAAGUCAAAUUUGGUUCAUUGAUAAAUCAAGCUUCUAUUCUUAGUGAAGAGCUCUGGUUUGAGGAAGUGGAGACGAGAGUUCCAGCAUCAUUGAAGACCAUGCAAAACGGAAAAGGAGAAACGCCACAAGAAUUAUUCCAUAAAGAACACCAAACAUUAUGUGAAAGAGCUAUAUCUGAACUGAAUGGAAUGGCAAGUAAUUUUCUGAUUGUGGCAACUCUUAUGACAACUUUAGGAAUAACAGCAGGUCUCAGUGUUCCUGCUGCCAUUGAGAUUGAAGAAGGGAGUAUUCAUAAGAGGAUAUGGUACCAUACUUUUCUGCUAUCAAUUUCUAUUGGAAUAUGCUUGUCCAAUGUUGGAAUAGUUUUGUUCAUUUCAGCCAUACUACGUUCAAUAUGGAAGCAAAAAAGUGGUUACAUAAGCUCAAGGCUAACAAGGAUUACAAUUGGGCAUGUGCUGCUUUGUUUCGCUUUGGGAAUAAUGAGUACAUUUUCCUGUGUAUCUGCUGCUCUUUUAUUCUAUGGUUCAUCCCCAAAAUGGAUAAUCUAUUUUGUUGCUGCACUUGCUGUUCUUCCAGUGAUCUUAUCUUAUGUAAUUUAUAGUUUUAGUUGGCCUCUCUUAGGGCACUUAGUACUUGCAUUUUGUGAGAUACCUGCACUCAGGUUACUCUCAGUAUUUGGGAUUAAGUGGUCUCCUUUCUACGAUGGUUUGUGGUUCAUAUAA